GACAUACUAUCAAUCAUUCUCCUAACUCCAAAAUGCUACAGACAAUAGUGUUUGUGAAGCGUGUCUGUGGGCUACCAAGUAGUCUGCAGCUAGUGGUUCUGCAGAAAUUGUCACCUGUAUAGCACCUUGAAUGAAAAUUUGAAGAAAGCAGCAUAAUGGGCUGUGUUUUGAGACCUAGCAGCAGCUGGGCAAAAGGCUAGAGAGGUUUUUCCUCUUGUGCAUUUUACGUAUUUCAUUUAGUUCCUUAGUUUUUCAGUAUAGCUAAUUAAAAGGUCCCUUCUUUUGAGGAGAAUUUCUUCUUUUUUCCACAGAUAUCAGGAAAAAAGGCUUUUUCAAACAAGAAAACGAUGAUAAAACAAUCAAGCGUGGGCAGAUAAUAAAUACCAAAAGCUAUUCUUCAGUUAAAAAGAAAAUGACAAACGCCAAGCCAGCUUGUUUUCAGUAUCUUUGGGCAGCAACCAUCAAAUAUUUCAAAUUGUGUCAAUAUUUUUGUUUACUACUUUAGGUAAUUUGGGAGAAAUCUUGAAUACCUGUGGAGAACAACUGAGCAAACACAUCACGUGGAAAACGCACAGAGUACCAGGAAGUGAAUUCUUGACAUCCACAUUGUAACCUGAGUGGACUUUUAUUUAUCUUUUAAACUUCUAAAUAUUUACAAUGAAUGGGCAUAGUGAUGAAGAAAGUGUAAGAAACAGUAGUGGCGAGUCAAGCCGAUCAGAUGAUGAUUCUGGGUCAGCAUCGGGUUCUGGAUCUGGUUCAAGCUCUGGAAGCAGUAGUGAUGGAAGUAGCAGCCAGUCAGGUAGCAGUGACUCUGACUCUGGGUCAGAGUCAGGCAGUCAAUCAGAGUCAGAGUCUGACACAUCUAGAGAGAAGAAACAAGUUCAAGCUAAGCCACCAAAAGUUGAUGGAUCUGAGUUUUGGAAGUCCAGUCCAAGUAUACUUGCUGUGCAGAGAUCAGCAGUGCUCAAGAAGCAGCAGCAACAGCAACAAAAGGCACCUUCAUCAGACAGUGGUUCAGAAGAGGACUCAUCUAGCAGUGAAGAUUCUGCAGAUGACUCAUCCAGUGAAACCAAGAAGAAAAAACAUAAAGAUGAAGACUGGCAAAUGUCUGGGUCAGGGUCAGUAUCAGGAACUGGCUCCGACUCUGAAUCAGAGGAAGAUAGAGAGAAAAGCAGUUGUGAAGAGAGUGAAUCUGACUAUGAGCCAAAAAACAAGGUCAAAAGCCGGAAACCUCCAAGCAGAAUUAAGCCAAAAAGCGGCAAAAAGAGUACAGGACAGAAAAAGAGGCAGCUCGAUUCAUCCGACGAUGACGACGACGACGACGAGGACGAUGAUGAUUAUGAUAAGAGAGGAUCUCGUCGCCAGGCAACAGUCAAUGUUAGUUACAAAGAAGCUGAAGAAACUAAGACAGAUUCUGAUGACUUGCUGGAAGUCUGUGGAGAAGAUGUCCCACAACCUGAAGAAGAUGAAUUUGAAACUAUAGAGAAGUUUAUGGACAGUCGAAUCGGCCGAAAAGGAGCCACUGGUGCUGCAACCACUAUCUAUGCAGUUGAGGCAGAUGGUGAUCCAAAUGCUGGGUUCGAAAAGUCAAAGGAGCCAGGAGAAGUACAAUAUCUUAUUAAAUGGAAAGGCUGGUCCCACAUCCAUAAUACUUGGGAAACUGAGGAGACUUUGAAGCAACAAAAUGUUAAAGGAAUGAAGAAACUGGACAAUUAUAAGAAAAAGGAUCAGGAAACAAAACGAUGGCUGAAAAAUGCUUCUCCAGAAGAUGUGGAAUAUUAUAACUGCCAGCAGGAACUUACAGAUGAUCUACAUAAACAAUAUCAAAUAGUGGAAAGAAUAAUUGCUCAUUCAAAUCAGAAAUCAGCAGCUGGUUAUCCAGAUUACUAUUGCAAAUGGCAGGGUCUGCCUUACUCAGAAUGCAGCUGGGAAGAUGGUGCUCUCAUUGCUAAAAAAUUUCAGGCACGCAUUGACGAGUAUUUUAGCAGAAAUCAAUCCAAGACCACUCCCUUUAAGGACUGCAAGGUUCUAAAACAGAGGCCAAGGUUUGUUGCGCUAAAGAAGCAACCGUCUUAUAUUGGAGGGCAUGAAAGUUUAGAAUUAAGAGACUAUCAGUUAAAUGGACUGAACUGGCUUGCUCAUUCAUGGUGCAAAGGGAAUAGUUGUAUUCUUGCGGAUGAAAUGGGUUUGGGUAAAACAAUACAAACGAUUUCUUUUCUGAACUACCUAUUUCAUGAACAUCAACUAUAUGGACCUUUCUUGCUCGUCGUGCCACUUUCCACCUUGACAUCUUGGCAAAGAGAGAUUCAGACUUGGGCUCCUCAGAUGAAUGCUGUGGUUUACUUAGGAGAUAUAACUAGCAGAAAUAUGAUAAGAACUCAUGAAUGGAUGCAUCCACAGACCAAGCGAUUAAAAUUUAAUAUACUUCUAACAACUUAUGAAAUCUUGCUGAAAGAUAAGUCGUUCCUUGGUGGUCUGAAUUGGGCAUUUAUAGGAGUUGACGAAGCUCAUCGUUUAAAAAAUGACGAUUCCCUUCUGUACAAGACUUUAAUAGACUUUAAGUCUAACCAUCGUCUUCUUAUUACUGGAACUCCUCUGCAAAACUCCCUCAAGGAGCUUUGGUCUUUGCUUCACUUCAUCAUGCCAGAAAAGUUUUCUUCCUGGGAAGAUUUUGAAGAGGAGCAUGGCAAAGGGAGAGAGUUUGGUUAUGCAAGUCUUCACAAAGAACUUGAACCAUUUCUACUGAGAAGAGUUAAAAAAGAUGUAGAAAAGUCUUUACCUGCUAAGGUUGAACAAAUUUUGAGGAUGGAAAUGAGUGCAUUGCAAAAGCAAUAUUACAAGUGGAUUUUAACAAGGAAUUACAAAGCUCUGAGUAAAGGUUCAAAAGGCAGUACCUCAGGCUUUUUGAACAUCAUGAUGGAACUCAAGAAGUGUUGUAACCAUUGCUACCUCAUUAAACCACCAGAUGAUAAUGAAUUCUAUAAUAAACAGGAGGCCUUACAGCAUUUAAUACGUAGCAGCGGGAAACUAAUCCUUCUUGACAAGCUACUGAUUCGUCUCCGAGAACGUGGCAACAGAGUUUUGAUUUUCUCUCAGAUGGUGAGGAUGCUGGACAUCCUAGCAGAGUAUUUGAAGUAUCGUCAGUUUCCCUUUCAAAGACUCGAUGGGUCAAUAAAAGGGGAAUUGAGGAAACAAGCACUGGAUCAUUUUAAUGCAGAAGGAUCAGAGGACUUCUGCUUUUUACUGUCUACCAGAGCCGGAGGAUUAGGUAUAAACUUGGCAUCUGCUGACACUGUAGUUAUAUUUGAUUCUGACUGGAAUCCACAGAACGAUCUGCAAGCGCAGGCUAGAGCCCAUAGGAUUGGACAGAAGAAGCAGGUUAAUAUUUAUCGGCUAGUCACAAAAGGAUCAGUAGAAGAGGAUAUUCUUGAAAGAGCCAAGAAAAAGAUGGUGUUAGAUCAUUUAGUAAUUCAGAGGAUGGACACUACAGGGAAAACUGUGCUACAUACAGGCUCUACUCCUUCAAGCUCAACGCCCUUUAAUAAGGAAGAGUUAUCAGCAAUUUUGAAAUUUGGUGCUGAGGAACUUUUUAAAGAACCAGAAGGGGAAGAACAGGAGCCCCAGGAAAUGGAUAUAGAUGAAAUCUUGAAGAGGGCUGAAACGCGGGAAAAUGAGCCAGGCCCAUUAACUGUAGGAGAUGAGCUGCUUUCACAGUUUAAGGUGGCCAACUUUUCCAAUAUGGAUGAAGAUGACAUUGAGUUGGAACCAGAACGAAAUUCAAGAAAUUGGGAAGAAAUCAUUCCAGAAGUCCAGCGGCGAAGAAUAGAAGAGGAGGAAAGACAAAAAGAACUUGAAGAAAUAUAUAUGCUCCCAAGGAUGAGAAACUGUGCAAAACAGAUCAGCUUUAAUGGAAGCGAAGGAAGACGCAGUAGGAACAGAAGGUAUUCUGGAUCUGAUAGUGACUCCAUCUCAGAAAGAAAACGGCCAAAGAAACGUGGAAGACCGCGAACUAUUCCUCGAGAGAAUAUUAAAGGAUUUAGUGAUGCAGAGAUUAGACGAUUUAUCAAGAGUUACAAGAAAUUCGGUGGCCCUCUUGAAAGGUUAGACGCUAUAGCUAGAGAUGCUGAGCUAGUUGAUAAAUCUGAGACCGACCUUAGGCGUCUGGGAGAGCUUGUACAUAAUGGAUGCAUUAAGGCUUUAAAGGACAAUUCUUCCGGACCAGAAAGAGCAGGAGGUAGACUUGGGAAAGUUAAAGGCCCAACAUUCCGAAUAUCAGGAGUGCAAGUAAAUGCAAAGCUCGUCAUUUCUCACGAAGAAGAGUUGGCACCGUUGCAUAAAUCCAUUCCUUCAGAUCCAGAAGAAAGGAAAAGAUAUGUCGUCCCCUGCCACACCAAGGCAGCUCAUUUUGAUAUAGAUUGGGGUAAGGAAGAUGAUUCCAAUCUGUUAAUAGGCAUCUAUGAAUAUGGUUACGGCAGCUGGGAAAUGAUAAAAAUGGAUCCUGAUCUCAGUUUGACACAGAAGAUUUUACCUGACGAUCCAGAUAAGAAACCCCAGGCCAAGCAGUUACAGACCCGUGCAGACUACCUCAUUAAAUUACUGAAUAAAGACCUUGCAAGAAAGGAAGCACAGAGACUUGCUGGUGCAGGCAAUUCAAAGAGGAGGAAAACAAGAACUAAGAAGAAUAAAGUGCUAAAGGCUGCAAAAGUAAAAGAAGAAAUAAAAAGUGACUCUUCUCCACCACCCUCAGAAAAGUCUGAUGAAGAUGAAGAUGAGGAUAACAAGGAUGAGAUUGUUUCAGUGAAACAUCCACAUAAAAAAAUAAAAGCAGAAAAAGAAAAUGAAGAAAAGCCUGAGCCAGAUAUUGGUAUAAAGAAGGAAGCUGAAGAAAAAAGAGAGACAAAAGAGAAGGAAAAUAAGAGGGAUUUGAAAAGGGAGAAAAAAGAAAAAGAGGAUAAGAAAGAAUUAAAAGAAAAAGAUAUUAAAGAAAAGAGAGAAAACAAAGUAAAAGAAUCCACACAGAAAGAAAAAGAAGUAAAGGAAGAGAAGGUGAAUGAAACCAAAUCUGAAAAUAAAGAAAAAACUAAAAAAGUUCCGUUGUCGGAUACUCCGGUUCAUAUUACAGCAACUAGUGAGCCAGUUCCUAUAUCUGAGGAAUCUGAAGAGCUUGAUCAGAAGACAUUCAGUGUGUGCAAAGAAAGAAUGAGGCCUGUCAAAGCAGCGUUGAAACAGCUGGAUAGACCAGAGAAAGGCCUUUCUGAAAGGGAACAGCUAGAACAUACUAGACAGUGUCUAAUCAAAAUUGGAGAUCACAUUACUGAAUGUCUAAAGGAGUACACAAAUCCUGAACAAAUUAAACAAUGGAGGAAAAAUCUGUGGAUAUUUGUCUCUAAGUUUACAGAAUUUGAUGCCAGAAAGCUGCACAAGCUGUACAAACAUGCAAUCAAAAAACGUCAAGAGUCUCAGCAACACAACGACCAGAAUAUCAGCAGCAAUGUGAAUACACAUGUAAUUAGAAAUCCAGAUGUGGAAAGACUGAAAGAGAAUACAAAUCAUGAUGACAGUAGCAGGGACAGUUAUUCUUCUGAUAGACACCUGUCACAAUACCAUGAUCAUCACAAAGACAGGCAUCAGGGAGAUGCUUAUAAAAAAAGUGACUCGAGGAAAAGGCCCUAUUCAGCCUUCAGCAAUGGAAAAGAUCAUAGAGACUGGGAUCACUACAAACAAGACAGCAGAUACUACAGUGAUAGUAAACACAGAAAGUUGGAUGAUCACAGGAGCAGAGAUCACAGGUCAAACUUGGAAGGAAGUUUAAAAGACAGUCGGCCUCAUUCAGACCACCGUUCCCAUUCAGACCACCGGAUACAUUCAGAUCACCGUUCCACUUCAGAGUACAGUCAUCAUAAAUCUUCUCGAGAUUAUAGGUACCACUCAGACUGGCAAAUGGACCACAGAGCUUCUGGUAGUGGCCCAAGGUCACCAUUAGAUCAGAGGUCUCCUUACGGUUCAAGAUCUCCCUUAGGACACAGAUCUCCGUUUGAACACUCAUCAGAUCACAAAAGUACACCUGAACAUUCAUGGAGUAGCCGGAAAACAUAACGAAGACUGACAUUUUCUGGACCCUCUUUUAGCCAUAUACAGUAAACUAACACAGUAAUUGCCUUACAUGACUUGAAAGAUAUGGACUGGAUAUUCUAUCAGUAGCAGUAUUGUUACUUCUUUCCAGGAUGCAAGGUCUAUUAUCCCAACAGAAGAAAAAUAUUUUUGUAUUUAAAGUUUAUGCUGCACUGUGCUGCAAAUGUUGUGGCACUUUUUUUUAAGAAAUGGAAGAUGUUUACUUUUACAGGGACCUCAACACUGCCCCGUUCAGACUGGAUCUUAUUAUAAAACUCUUCAUGUCAAAGUGGUUUUAGGCUGAACACAGUUUAAAUUAUGUUUGUAAAUGAACUUUUAAACACUGACCUGUGAUCAUGUUUCAGGAAGGAAUGAGGAGUUUGGUUUUUUGGGUUUUUUUUUGUUGUUUUUUUCUUAGUAAAGAACUCUCAAGGACUUUGUUCACUUUCCAAAGCUACUUGUUUACAUUGUACACUGCGACCACCUUGCCGCUUUUCAUCACAAGCUUGAAUAUUUAAAUUCUGUACCUAUACCUGUAAAAUAGCCAGGAUUUCUCCUGUUCGUGAUCAGUUGUAAUGCCUUUUUACAAAACAAAACAAAAAAACACAAAAAUGGCUGUAAAUUAUUGUAAAUUAAUUAAAUGAGCUUUUUCCCCUCUCAGGCUUUUUUUGACUGUUCCUUUCCCCACCAACUCAGGCCUUCUUAUCACAAGUAUGAAACAAAAUCAGUGUACUUACACUUUUUAAUAAAAUAUCUUGAUGGAAUCACUGUUCAGAAUGUAAAAAUGGGGAAAGGGAACAUUUUAUUCCAUUUAGUGCUCCUUUUUUUUAUUGGAUACUUUAGAUACAUGUUUUGGUUUUUUUUCUAUUAAACUGUUCAGUGUUGUGAUUGUUGUAAUGAAAUGGUGAGAAAUAUUUAGCUAAACUGUGCUCUGGAAAUUUUUUCAGGUGCAUUGGUUUUAAAGAAGGAGUGUUCAAUAUCUGAACACUUCAGAAUCCAAAUCAGCCAAAAUUUAUUGUAAAUCCAUUUGUUUUCCCUCUUUAACAUGGGCAAUAAUGUCAAAUGUGCUAUGCAGCCAGUUAAUAUUUUAGAAGAUUUGAAUGACUUUAUUAAUAGAAUUGUUACAAUGCACACUGAUUGUACAUAGAUAACUUCUAUCUGACAAAUUAAAUUUAAACUAAAAGGAUAUGUGGGCUCUUGUAGUUUUCUACUGGUGUUUUUCUACAAUGUACCUUUCUCAUAUUUAAGUAUAAAAACAUUAAACUCUUGUAAAUACUAAAUUUUAAUACGCAACUGAAAAUUAGGAAAGAUAAACUUCUAGCCUAGUAUUGUGUGGUUGGAGCCAUAGCUGUUGCUCCAUUUUUUUUUCUCUUGUCUUGCAAUGUUGAACGUUUUUUCCCAA